AUGAAUGUGAGGAAACGUAAUGCAAGAUUGGCUUCUGUAAAGCUUAAGUCAUCGUAUAUGUCCUAUGUGACAUCCCGUGAGUAUGGGCGCAAAGGGCGUUGUAUUGGCGUCGACCAAGCUCCCCUCUCUGAUCGGCUUCCUUUAAUAUGGGAUGGGAGGUCAUUGCCACUAUCAUAUGAGGAUAAAGUUUUUGCCAGCCAAUGGAUUUCGAACGAGGAACUCCUUAUUGGGACAAAAUGUAACCACUUUGGCCUUUUGAAUUGCAGGACUUGUAAAAUUAUCGAUAUACCGUUGCUCGAGGAGACAGAAAAAAUUGAAUCUCAGGAACAAGUUUGCGGGUGUGGGAUUCAUGCCAUUCAAAAGAACCCCUCGCAGACCUUUGUGGCCACAGGGGGUAAAAAUGUGACAACUAUUGGAGUUUAUAGAUUGCCGGAUCUCACUCCAGAGUGUAUAUUUCAGAAACAGCACAAAAAUUGCGUAUUCGAUUUGCGGUGGAUCGAUGACGCUCACCUGGCUUCCUGUUCACGAGACUCCUGUCUAGCCCUCUGGCGGUUACCCUGUGCCGAUACAUAUUUACCCUCACUGCUGAAUCACGAUCCAGGUUCCCUAAUAACAAACCCCCGACCUGUUCCCUCGCACGCUUCAUUAAACACCCCCGUGGGUUAUGCCAUCUCCACGACUCCAAAUGACCGGUUCAGGGCCCUCGAAUAUCUUCCUACUCGCAAUAUGUUGGCUGUGGUCUCCAUGUCGCGUCGAUUUUACCUUUACGACAUUGAUCAGCUGUUUUCUUCUCACAUGGGCACUCAAAAACCUAUAAAUAAGAUGCCUCUUCUCUCAUCGGACAAGGAAGCAGUCGCUCUUCGUCGGUGGCCAAGUAACCCUCAAGUGGUGUCUCUGGCAACUCAUCGAUCAGUCCUGUUGUUUGACAUCCGUUGUCGAUCGCAGAUUCGAAGAAUGGUUUCACGUUCAAUUAAACCACCCUCCUCUUAUCAUUCUUGUGUCCGAUCACUUAAUUUUUCCGGUAACAUCCUUUCCUAUGGUACCUCUGCAGGCAAAGUGUACUUUUACGAUUUGGUGGCUGACAACCACCUACCGAGUCACCUCGACAUCGAAAGCCAAUCCAGGCAAUUUAAUUCUCCCCCAUGUAGUCACUUUAACUAUUCGGAUCCAUCUUCAGACGAUAGUCUUCCCGACCUAGCCUCAGAUCUCGGCCAGAACAACACCAACGGUGUAUCUGAAGAGGAGGGAGAAGAUACAGAAUCAAACGAAAUGGAGUUGUCCUUUGAGUUUUCAGGCGAUGCUUUUCCUUCCUUCCGAAGAGCCAACAUUCGGUUAGCUACCUCGAACUCGCCCGAAAUGUCCACUCUGGACAGAAGGUUGCUUGUUUAUCUUCAGUCCGCCACUCCCCAGACGGAACAUCACCAACGAUCUUUGAAUCAAAUUCGUCGUGCCGCAGCCGCCCUGCGACGUCGAGUUGUUAAUACUGCCAUUCAAUUCACAGCUGAUGCAGUAGAAUCGGAGGAGAACAUGGCUGUUCGACUUUCUAGUGAUGAAGAGGGUAACGAAGAUGAAUCAGAUGAUGGUGUAGACCUCUCGAUGCCAAGCGGGUCCUCGGGCAUAUGGAACCAACCACCUCUUUUUGAGAAUUCAGAGCUUCUACAGAAUCUUGGCUUCGAUACUCUAAAUUGGGCUAGGGAAGGUAGUUUGCCAGCCCUUGGUACCAGUGUAGCCGUCUACACACAUGAAUAUGACCCUACUGGGACGCGUUUGUUUACUGCUGGCGGUCCCAUCGGCUCUGCGUUCUCGGGCAACUUUGCGGUUGUCUGGGAUUAG